CUCUCCAUUACAGAGCUUCUUUCCCUUGGCCGAGUAUUUUAAGUUUUGAGUCAGCAAUCUGACUGUUACAUUAUGACAAACUCGCCGCCAUCUAGCCCUCUUGGAGACCAACCUCCGGCCGAGGAAUCUAAUCACGACGAUGAAGAAUCCGAUAACAACCACGUUGAGAAAGAAUCCGAUCGCCACUCUGCCGCCGACGAAGAAAAAGCAGAAGACAAUCAACCACCACACUCGCCGCCGCCGCGUCCUACCCCUUUCGAAGCAGUUUACAGCUGCCGCUCCUCUUCUAAUUCCCUGGAGAACGGCAAUCAGAUUCGAAUGCCGCAGUCGGCUCUGGCGCGCCUCAUGAUGGACGACCAAGCGCUGACGCCGGGCCAGCCGAUGCUGUUCCAGAUCAGCAAUCCCGAGUCGGGCCGAGUCUCGCACUGUGGAGUCAGCGAGUUCACCGCCGAGGAAGGCAACGCCCACGUCCUGAGCUGGAUGAUGGAGAAUCUGCAGCUCAAGGAGCGCGAUGAGGUUCGGAUCAAGAGCGUCCGCCUCGAAAGGGGAAGCUACGUGAAGCUGCAGCCGCACUCGGUGGAAUUCUUCGCGUCGAUUCGGAACCUGAAAGACGCGCUGGAGGCCAGCUUCAACCACAGCUUCUUUUGCGUGACUACAGGGGACACCAUCCUGAUCAGCCACUGGGGGAAGGAGUUCUACCUCAAUGUGGUGGAGACGAGGCCCGGCCCGGCGGUCAGCCUGGUGGAUACGGAUUGCGAGGUGGAGUUCGACACCCCGCUGGAUUACAAGGAGCCCGAGCCCGAGCCCAAGAAGGGGGUGAAGAAGAAGAAGAAGAGAGAUGCUGCCGGCGAGGUGAAGGAAGAGUUGUUGGAUGAAUCGAAGGAGAUCAAGUUUGUUGCUUUUACUGGGAAUUCGAGGCGGCUGUCGGGUGAAACAGGGGAAGCUCCGAUGGAUGAGGCGGUUGAGCCGGAGACCAAGAAACUAAAGAAGCUUGCUGCGGCGGAGGACAAUAAGGCAGGGCUGGAACAGGGGAAGUUUGUUGCGUUUAGUGGGUCUGCGAGGCGGCUGAGCGGUGUCGGAGGAGGUGUUCAUCAGAAAGAAGAUUCGGGUGUCAAGGUAACCGAUGGAGGUAAGAUGGAGAAGAAAGAGGGGAAAGCAGAAAGCAGUGGUGCGAAGAAUGAACCCUGUAAGCCAUUUACAGGAAGGAAGUACACGUUGAUGGAUUGAGUAGUGUCUCGGGUUCUUUUUUCAAUUUUUAGGGAUCAAUUUGUGUGCUUAAUGCGUUUUGAGGAUUCAAAUUUGUAGACGGUAAAGAAAUUUUAAAUCUUAUA